AAUUAAGAAUUGUAAAAAAAAAACCAAAACGAGAGAAUCCCUAUAAAUACGCAACAAAAGAUAAAGAAAUAUAAGAUCUUGUCAAGGGACCGAUCUUACACCACCGUCCUCUUCUUUCCAGUUCGACGGUUCUUUUGGGUGGGAAUGGAUGCGAAUUACUGGACAAGGACGGAGGACAAAAUGUUCGAGGAAGCUCUAGUGACUUUCUCCGAGCUGAUGCCGGAUCGGUGGCAGAGGAUCUCCGAGAUUCUUCGGAGAUCUCAGUCGGAGGUUUAUGACCAUUACUAUGCCUUGGUUCACGAUGUAUCCGAGAUCGAUUCCGGCCGAGUCAACGUCCCGGCCUACGCCGAUCACUCGCCGGCGAGUUGUGACUCACCGGCGACUGUUGCGGCGACGAGGACGACUCCGAAAUCGUUAAGGGUCAAGCGGGACGGGACGGAGAAGAAGAAGAAGGGGACUCCGUGGACUGAGAACGAACACAGGUAUGUCUUUAUUUCGAGUGAGAAUUCACAAGUUGUUAGUUAUCGAUUUCGAAACAUGUUUCAGAAACAGACUGUUCUUGUUUGUUGGUUUAGGUUGUUUCUGAUCGGGCUGGGGAAAUACGGGAGGGGAGAUUGGAGGAGCAUAUCGAGGAACGUGGUGGUGUCGAGGACGCCGACGCAGGUGGCGAGCCACGCUCAGAAGUAUUUCCUGAGGCAAGCCCAGAUCGACAAGGAGAGGAAACGUGCCAGCAUCCAUGACCUAACCACCGUCGACAACGACGACAUUCUCCAGUGGAACACUCUCCAACCACAGCCACAGCCUCAGUCGCAACCGCCGCUUCAGCAGCCGCAGCCGCAGCCGCAAGUACUGCAGCCGCUGCCACUGCUCUCGAUGAACCAGCAGUUUAUGCUGGUGCAAGGGCAUGCUCAGCUGCCGCCAAGGGACUACCAGAGCCUAGGGCAGUUUCCGGGCGAUCUGGACUUCAGGCUUUAGUAGCGGAGUAUAUUAGGGUCUUGGAUUUGGUCGCUCAUUUCCUAUAAAUAGGAGGGACAAUAAUAGGGUUUGGUGUAAUUUGUAAGGUUGUCAUUUAUAUGCUUUUCGAUACAAACAUGAAA